AAAAACGUUGUUUUUUCUUCAUUUAGGGGAGGGUUAACUUAGUAAGAAGGAUAUUGAUUUCCCCUUUAGAAACUUCACGCAGUGCACAUCCGGAACCUUUGAAGAGGGAAGACUUUAACGGGAGGACAGAACAAUCGCGCAAAGAUGUCAGACGUACCAGAUGAUGCAAACGAGCACUGCCCCGGUACAGAAAGUGAGCAAGCAGGGAAGACAUCGUCAUGUCAGGGCUGUCCCAACCAGAAAAUAUGUGCUUCUGGAGCCACCAAGGCCCCCGACCCUGCCAUAGCGGAGAUAGGAGUAAAGCUGUCCACUGUCAAACACAAGAUCCUCGUGCUGUCUGGGAAAGGAGGAGUAGGGAAGAGUACCUUCAGCGCUCAUCUGGCUCACGCCCUGGCAAGUGACAGCACAAAGGAGGUUGCCCUGCUGGAUGUAGAUAUCUGUGGUCCAUCCAUUCCAAGGAUCAUGGGCUUAGAGGGAGAACAGGUUCACCAGAGUGGCUCAGGCUGGUCUCCUGUGUAUGUGGACGACAACCUGGCAGUCAUGUCUAUUGGCUUCCUACUCAGUAGCCCUGACGAUGCUGUCAUCUGGAGAGGACCCAAGAAGAAUGGGAUGAUCAAGCAGUUUUUGAGGGAUGUUGACUGGGGGGAACUGGAUUACCUCAUCGUGGACACGCCCCCUGGCACGUCUGACGAACACCUGUCAAUCGUCCAGUACCUAAGCUCCACCCACGUUGAUGGAGCUGUCAUCAUCACCACACCACAGGAGGUAUCGUUGCAGGAUGUGCGAAAGGAGAUCCGGUUCUGUCAGAAGGUCAAGCUGCCGAUCAUCGGAGUAGUGGAGAACAUGAGUGGCUUCGUUUGUCCAACAUGCAAGAACACGUCCCAGAUCUUCCCUCCCACCACCGGGGGCGCAGAGCGAAUGUGUGCAGAUCUAGAUCUACCCCUGCUAGGAAAGGUACCUCUAGACCCGAGGAUAGCACGAAGCUGCGACGAGGGCAAGUCUUUCCUCAAUGAAGUACCUGACUCUCCUGCUGCUAAAGUCUACCUGAGUAUUGUGCAGAGUAUUAAGGACUACUGUUCCAACCGUGUGACAGAGGAGCAGAGGUCUGCCUGAUCUCCCGAUGACAUUAUGGACCAGAACGCUGAGCGAGAUCACAGGGCGAGCGCUUGGUAGAAAUGAUUAACUUCUGAAUUAGCAUCACAUACACAGGCACGAUAAUGCCAUUGCCAACAGUGUGUUUCUCAAUACUGUCAGCAAAACACAGCCUCUAUGUGGCCCUGAACAACAAACCCGUUGGUUUAUACGGAAGACGUAUGCUUAAACCUACACCAGUUGGGCACUGUAGUUUUUACUGAAUGUUACUCAAACAGGAGUAAACAGUGCAUUUAUUGGGGACUAUUUUUAGCUGUGGAUUAAUACACAUUUGGUGUUUGAGUGAAAGGUUUUAUAGCAGCAGGAUUGCAUUCCGACUCAGGAUAAACUGCAGGGCCCUAUUCAUCAUGACAAAGGAAGAUGCUUUUCAGUGCAGCAGUGGCUCGAUGAUUCUACAGCA